GUUUUAUAGGUAUUUGGAGGAGGCACUUUGGGCACCAGAUAUUAUUUUCAGUAGUUUGUGGUAUUACUUAAGUAAAAGUCGGCGAUAUUUGAAGAUUUGCUAAAUUAUCUAACAUUAUCAAUGGCAGCAAAACAGAGGAAUAUUUUCACACGAAGUAAACCUUUAUUGAAUAUAUAUAGUACAGUCGAUCAUGAGGGGAAAGAGGUUGAAGUGCGUGAAGACGCGGAACAGUUGGUCAAAUGGCACGAAAUAUCAGAUGCUCUAGUGGCAGCCGGUUAUUACCGAGCACAACUUCAGGGUUUGUCCGCCUUUGAUAAAAUUGUGGGUGGACUUACUUGGUGUAUAGAGCUUUGUGAUAUUGAUGUAGACAUUAGUCUUUUAUUUGAGGAAAAUCUUACAAUUGGAAAAAAGAUUGCACUUACAGAAAAAAUUGUGAAAGUCUUGCCUAGUAUGAAAUGUCCAUAUAUAAUAGAACCUCAUCAAAUACAAGGCUUGGAUUUUAUCAAUAUUUAUCCAUUGGUCCAGUGGUUGAUUAAGUAUUCAAGUGAAUUUAGAGAAGCUAAAGAAGAUGAACUUAGAAAAUUUGCAGUUAUGCAAUAUGAAAAAAGUCAUAUGUUUCAAUCAGACAGAGCCUUGUUCCUUCAGAAAGAGAAAUUAUUAAGAAAUCUAACCUUUGUUCAGAAUUUGUAUAAACCAUGCAGAGUCCGUAAAAGGAAGGGUGCCCUUCCUGCAAAUGAACUCGAACAAGUGAAUGCAACACUUUCAGAAUAUGAUCAACGCACCCUUAUGCAUGUGUCCAUAAACAAGGAAAAUAAUAAAAACGAUGAAGGUCUUGAUUUCUUGUAUGAUUAUGAGAAGACUCUUGCUGAUCCAUCUGCAAUAACAAUAGUGACUGAUAAAUAUGAAAAAGUGGCAGAUGUCAAUAUAGAUGCAGCAGAUACAAAAAUACAUUAUGCUGUGCUCCAGUCUGAACUAACAGGUGAAGUUUCCAAAGAACUAGAAAUGAGUGAGAAACUAAAAUACUCUGAAGAUGUUGACAGACUCACUAAAGUAAUUGAAGCAAUGGAAAAAGACAUAGAGGUCUUUAAAAAAGAUCAUGUUCAAAGGAUGGAAAAUGCCCAGAAAGAAUAUACUAGUCUGGUGGAUAAACUUAAGAGAAUAACCUGCAAGCUUAUGGGUUCAGAUGAUCAUAGUGAAAAGAAUGUUAAAGAAUUUUAUAAAUCUUUAAAAGAAUUGGCUCGCGAGAGACAUGAGCUCAUUCAAAUUUUACAACACAGAGAAAAAGAACACAAAAAACUUGAAGAAGAAUUAAGUGUCAUAAAGGAUCCAAAUAAGGUGAUUAUAGAUCAGCCUUUGAGUCCUGAAGAAUUGAAAGAGUUCCACCAACGGGAGGAGAAAUUAAAAUCGUUUAUCACAAGCAUGAGAUUGGAGUUAGCUAGGUCCAAUCGGGAGGUGCUCAGGUAUACUAUGGCUAUAGACGAGGUACCGGGAACCGCUGAAUUAUUACAAUAUGAAAAAAGAUUUAUGGAGCUCUAUAAUCAAGUUGCAUCAAAGCACAGAGAAACUAAGCAGUAUUACAUAUUUUAUAAUACACUAUAUGAAGUUAAGUUAUAUACUUCUAAAGAGCUAAGUUUGCUGAAUUCUAUUUUGGAUAAUUAUGAUGAAGCUAUGUCUUCAGCUAGAUCAAGAGAGGAGUUUAUGACUCAAUUCGAGUCAAUAGUGGAAUGGGUUAAUCAAACAGUGAGAAAAGUAGAAGAAAAGUAUCGAGCUGAGAAAGAACGCAAAACAGCUCUCCACAAAGAAUACUCAUAUCUACUAGAAAUCCAACGGCAAUAUGCAGCUGCACUCAAGAAGUUGGCUGAAGAAAGACAAAAGAUUAACAGGGGAAGACAGAGUUGAUUUGUUACUUAUUCCAAUGUGAACUUUAGUGCAAUAGUCUUAAAGGUGUUUAUAUAAAUUUUAUAUUUCUAGUCUCGUACGAUGGUUUUUAUACUUUUGUAUAAAUGCAUUUUAUGAUAACGUAAUUAUCAUAUAAUUAGUAUGAGACGUGAGUUUUUAAGGACGAACAAAAAACUAUUCUGAUCGACUAUUUGGAAGGUAUGAAUCCUUUAAAGCCGAUUUGCAUUUUUUCAAUAAAUAUGCGACAGGUAGAUAUUCUUCUAAUGAUUUACGAGCAAAUAUAUCGAUUGGCAAAAAAAUGUACCACUUCAAUUUUAUCAUUGAUUCUUUUCUUUAUUUUUAAUUGGUCUUGUAUAAUAUAAAAGCUAAAUAAAAAGUAGGUUAAUUUAAAAAAAAAAACACGCAAUCAAUAAAAAUAAUAUUAUUUUGAAACACUAUCACAACGCCAGAUUCGAUAGAUGGUCUAUUUUAUUGGUCACUGGUAUAUUUACCCAGUUUUUUUUUUAUUGUUUAAAAAUAUUUAUUAUUGAUGUUUGUUUUAUGUCUUUGUUGGAUUUAGUUGUACAUAAUGUGCACGAUGAAAGUUUACUAUAUCAACCAAGAUGCAGGCAACAUGUUUUUAUUUAUAAUAUUUGGUUAGGCCGGUCCAUAAUAUAAUUGCUCAGAUUCUUUCGAAUUGUACAAAGUUAAUUUAUUUUAGUUAUUAUAAAUGUGAAUGAAUAAAACAUAUUAUUUAAAUAUGUAAUAUUUAAGUUUUACAAUAUUUUAGCUGAGUUGCAGCUGCAAAAUGCAGUAUGCGUAAUGUUAUCUAUUAUUUAUUAAGACUGAAUAUAGCUUACUGUAUUGUUUCAUUUAAGAAGUUUUGCUGAGUAAUAUAAUUUUGUUUG